AUGGACGAUAAAGAUAAGCAAAGCUUCUUAUUAAAGUAGCCGCAAUUUAAAGUCUACUAGCAUGCCGAACUCUUCAAUGGGAUUCAGAAAAAACCCGAAGAGGGUGAGCUUUUGAUGGGAGGAAUAUUAGAUGGAGAUGGAGAGGAUGAUAUAUUAGCUCUUAGGAAUAGUGCAAAAUCAGCCCCACCUGAUUUGUAUUUGCAGUAGAAAGCUUCUCUAUAAUAGUAAGAGAAUGAUUAUUUAUACACAAAGGAUUACUUUGACUAUUACAAACAAUCAAAUAAUCCGCGUCUUCAAAAACCACUUUAUAGACAUGAUCAGUUGGAUAUAAAAAGCUUAAAUAAGUAGAUGAACAAAUUAAGUAUAGACGAUUCAACUCAAUACAAACAAUCUAUAACCAACGCGGAAUUGAUUUAAAGCAUAGGAAAUUCAACCCCUCCACCUUAUUAACAAGUACCAUAAAUGAUAUACCCUUAACAAUAGUAAAUUAUUAUGGGAUAAGCAAAUGAAAUACCACCAAUCUAAGGAUCAGGAAGCCCUGCACCAAUGAUUAUGAUGCCUCCCAACCAAAUGAUACAACCUCCUAUUAACCUUUAAUAGCCUCCUCCUACUGUAGCUUAAAAUUUUAAGAACCCACCAAAUCAUCAGUUUUUAUAGCAGCCGCGUCCCCAAAACUAAUACAAUAAAUAUAAUCAAGGAAACAUGCAACAUUAACAAGGAAUAAAGAAGACUAAAUCUUAUCAAUAAUAAGGAUUUUAAGGAUCAAGCUAGUAAAAUAUGCAUCAUAAUAAUGGUUAACCCUUUUAGUAACCUCCUUAAUUCUUAAAUUAAAGCUUCCCUAUGAUGUUUUAAGCUCCUCCUCCUAAUUUAGGAGCUCCAAAUCAAAUGCAACAAUUUAUUCCUCUAGGAAUGUAGCAACCUAUUCAGUAAUUCCCAUACCAAUAAAACAUGAUGUUUUAGCAAUAAGGAUAUGGACCUAAUUAUCCCAACAUGAACUAUUAAAAUUAAAUGAGCAUGAGCUACCCAUAGAAUUAAAAUAUAGGAAAUAACGGUAUGCAAAACAACAUUAUAAACCCCUAGAAUCCAAAUAUCAACAAUAAUAGUAACAACAACAAUAAUUUAAGCAAUAGCCCUGGAAAUAACAAUAAUAACUAGAUUAAUGGUGGUGGAAUUAACAAUAAUUAAAACAAUUAAAAUAACAUAAAUGUGGGUAACAAUAAUAUUAUGAGCUAAAACAUGGGAAAUAAAAACAAUUCAUAAAAUUACAACAUGUAAAAUAAUAACAGAAAUUAGCAAGGUAUGAAUUUGGGUGGUAAAAAGAAACAGUUAAAUUAACCAAAUGGGCAUAUUAUUUAAAACCAAUUCAUGUAAAGCAAUCAAAAUGUCAGCAAUAACAAUCCAAAUUAAGUUUAGAAUUUGGGAAAGAGUUCCUCAACAGAUAGUUCAAAUUAGAAUUUUAAUUAGCUAUUUCCAGAUUUAAUUGAGUCUUGUAAAGAUUAAAAUAGCUCAAGGACAAUACAAAAGCAGUUUGAAAAUUCUACAAUUGAAGAAAAAAAUAAAAUAUUUGAAAGAAUCUAACCAGAAGCAUUGAAUUUAAUGAAGGAUUAAUUUGGAAAUUAUGUCAUUUAAAAGCUAUUUGAAAAAGGAACUAUUGAACAUAAAGAGAAGCUCUACUAUAUUAUAAAAGGAAAUGUAGAGUAACUAUCCCUUCAUACUUAUGGUUGCAGAGUUAUAUAAAAGGCUUUAGAGGAACUUAAAGAAAGACCAUAAAUGCAAGAAGGAUUGAUUUAAGAGCUAAAUAACAAGAUUAUGACUUGCAUUCAAGAUUAAAAUGGAAACCAUGUUAUUUAAAAAUGCUUUGAAACCUUAAGUUCUUCAAAAUUGACAACAAUUAUUAAUGAAGUCAUUCAAAAUAUAGAAGAGUUAGCAUUCCAUCCAUAUGGAUGUAGAGUCAUUCAAAGAAUUUUAGAAUUCUGUAGCAAUCCUGAGACUAAGAAAAUAUACGAAAAACUUAUGACCAACUUAAUUAGAUUAUGCGAAUGCCAAUAUGGAAAUUAUAUCAUUCAGUACAUCAUUGAAAAAGGAUAAAAACUCGAAAAAGACGAAAUUCUUUAGGUAGUAAAAGUCCAUUUCGUAGAUCUUUCUCUCAAUAAAUUUGCCUCAAACGUAACAGAAAAAUCUAUUGUUUAUUCUGAUGAAGAAUUCAAAGCUGGAGUAUUGGAUGUUUUAUUAAGGCCAAACAAUCAAAACCAUUUAGAUACAGGUAUAGUUAGGUUGACAAAAAAUGCCUUUGGUAACUAUGUUGUGCAAAGGCUGUAUGAAAAAGCAUAACAUGAGACAAAACUAAGGGUUUGCUAAUAUUUGUUAUAAAAUAAUGAUGUUUACAACGAAGUAAUCUCAAAUAGUUUUGGAAAACAUGUUCUUAGCUAUAUUGAAAAGCACAGAGUAGAUAUCCCUAUGAAUCAAAUUUAGCAAAAUGUAGGCAACAUACAAAAUUAAAAUAUGAAUAACAAUAAUAAUAGUGGGCCUAUGAAUAAUAAUAGCAAUAAUAAUAACAACAACAAUUACAAUAAUAACAGUAACAACAAUAAUGGUUACAACCAUCAUAACAAUAACAACAACAACCACCAUUCAUAGCAUCAUAAUAAUUAAAAUAAUAACAAUAAUCAUAUUAAUCAUAAUAACUAUAAAAAGAAUUACAACAGUAAUAACCAUUAUUGA